AUGAGUUUGUCAUUUCAAUAGUCAAUGUGAUGUUUUGGCUGUAUCUGAAGAUCAACAUUUACAGAGAAUAGAUGUGUAAAUCACUUUUUAUAUGGUUCUUCAGCGGUCGCUUUCAUAAAAUGAUUUACUAUUCCAGAUGCCUAAAUACUCAAAGAUAUUGACUGAGUGGAGACAGUUCAGAAUAGUAAAAAUGAUCACUUAGUGCAGAUGUUUUGAUUUAUAAACAAGCGAUUAAAAGAUUAAAGGGGUAAAAUACAGCUUGAGGCUGGGCUAACUGAUGAGCUGGAGAGGACACAGAUCUCUCCAAAUAUGAAUGAACACCAUGAAUAAAACAAUUACAUAUUGCAAUGUACCAAAGAGAAACCAGUGGCAUACACAACUCAGUCCCACAAAUUAUUCUUCUAUAAACCAAACUAAACAAAGAGAAUUUGAGGUCAAAUCUUCUGUCAAACAUUUCUGCAUAGACCUACUCAGUAGAAUUGCAGAAGAUAUGGAGCUUGGACAGAACAGAAGACAAGCUUCAAGUACCAUACAGGUACCAAAAAAGUUUUCUUCUUGAAAUGUUUUUGUUUCUGCAGCAUAUUAACAAUACUCUCUUUUAUAGCAAAAAAUGGCACAGUGUUCAUUGUUAACAAUGCCAUGCAAUGCUACAGGCUUGGGGAAGACUGGCUGGCAAACUGCCUGGCAGAAAAGGACUUGGGGGUGUUGGUCAAUGGCUGGCUGAACAUGAGCCAUCUGUGUGCCCAGGUGGCCCCAAAAGCCAACAGCAUCCAGGCUUGUAUCAGAAACAGUGUGGCCAGCAGGACUAAGGAGGGGAAUCAGCCCCCUGUGUUCAACACUGUGGCAGAGGAAGAAUGAGAACCCAUCUAGGAGCAAAGCCUCAGAAGUCUGGCUGUAUACUGACUGUGGGACCUGGACAUUAUUUUCACCUCUCCACUGGAAGUUUAUAUAAGCUUUUAUAUAUUCAAAGCAUAGCUUCCAUCGAAGUGAACAGCAAGAGGAAGCGCUGAGAGCUUCUGCAAAUACACUCCCAGUAUAACCAUCCUUUUGAAGAUGAUUUACUUAUUUCCAUGGAAACUCUCACUUACGUUACACCUGAAGGACCAAAGCAAUGGGGGGAAGUGCCAAUCAAGAAGCUUAAAAAAAGGAAUAAGGAAGCACUUGAGCUUAAUAGAAGAAUUCAAAGGAAUGCAGAAAUGUCAACGCAACAGACCAGUGAUUUUGAAGAUGGACAUUCGACAUUACAUCAGGAAUCUUCUGAAAACUCUUAUGUGGAUACAUCUGACAGAGAUGAAGAAAGUGAUGACGAUAUAGUUUCAGUAAGAAGAAAAUUUGAAAACAUUCACUUCCAGCACAUGUAUGUAGAUAAUGGGAAAAUUCAAGAGAAAAGAAAAGUUCAAGUGGAUGUGAUAGUACAAGAAGAUGCUAGAAACAUUCCCAAGUGGAUUACGAUAGCACCUGAAGGCAACCAAGCUGCUGUUUGCAGAAAGAAAAUAGAGUUGUCUAAAGAAUGUUCAUCUAGACCUCUACAGUUACAACUUUCUGGUGCUCCCACUUCACCAAAUACCAUAACCAUACCCAGGCAUCAACAUUCUUUGGAACUGAAUGAAACUUGCUGUGAUAGAAUCUUGGAAGAAUACCAGUCUGCAGAUGAGGAAUGUUCCUGGAGCAAUGUAACUCUUGUAGACUUGUAUCCAGCAAUGUUAGAGACACUUAUAAGGUUCAUGACAAAGCAGUCUCAGAGAAAACACUUAAAAUACAUGUUUAGACUCUUAAGGCUCAAAAGAAGGUAUUCUGGAAAACGAGAGUUCAGUGUCACUGUAGGCAAAAACAGAGGGUUCAGACCUCUUAAACUGAAGAAAGCACUACCUAGCAUAUGCAGCCGCAGAAGUGAAGACAUCGAGAAUCAAACUUUUGGAAAUGAGAACAGAGAACUUUGUGAUGACAGGUGUUCCCUUAACAAUUCAUCUGGUCUGGUACCUUAUUCUUACACUGAUACCAGUGAAAACAGAAUGGACUACUCUGACUCAAGUUUAGAACGUUAUUUGGUAUCUGGAAAAGGCCAGAAAGUCUCCAAACAGACUGUUUCUCCUAAUGUUAUGUCUAGAAUAGGAGAGCAGACAACUUUCUCACUCAAUAAUUUAAAAUGCAAAGAAAGUGAAAAAUUGUCUUACCAAUGCUCCUCGAGAUACUCUUUUACACCUGCUGCCAGUUCAGGGUCAAAAGCACUUCAUCUGGUAAAAGAGAGUAAAACUCAAACAAGGGAUAUUUUUGGUGGUGAUACCUCAGAGUUAUGUUCAUCUACUUCCAGUUCCUAUGACAAUAGUAACACUUCUACACCGGUCGCAAACUGUUCUCGUGCAAGAGCAUCAAGUACUUUGCUUAUAAAUCCUGAAAAAAUAAUUUCUGAAAGAGGAAUUUCUUUCCAGCAUAAACACUCAUUUUCCUCAUUGUCUGUGAAGCAGAGUCCUUCAAAGAUGCCCGAGAAAUACAAAGAUGAAUUUGAAGAACUCUACUACAAACUGUGUUCCCAAGAAAUCCAAAAGCCUUUGAUAUUUACAAGACCUCGUUCAAAUUCACAGAACUUUGAAGAGAAAGGAAGAUUAAUGAAGCGUAAUUUAAGUGAUUCUGUGAGGACUGAUAAACAUUAUGAUAGAGAAUUUGACAGGAUCUAUGAGCAAUUGUGUAGUGAGGCUGUUCCAAAAUCUCCUGGCUUUCAGAGAGCUUCAAAUUUAAGGAAAUAUGGAGGAAUACAAAUGUCUGAAACUGUGAAUGCUCUUGUUAACUCACCUGGCAGAAGUUUAUCUACAAUUCCUAGAGUUAAAAGACAAGGAAAUUUUCAAAAUGAUCUCCUUAGUUCACCACUAAAGCGACAGAAAAAUAUACCAGAACGUAAUUUUCCUUCAACAGAAUGUCAACAGAUUUCUCACAGAAAAAUCCUCAAUCUUCAGACAGCUGGCAUGGAUUUUUUGAGCAUACACAAUGGCAGUAACCCCAGUGUUUCUGACAGUUACAUCUGCAUCUGUGGGAGACAGGACUCUGGAUUUCAUCCUUCUUCAGAUAAAACUUCUCUUGGUAUUCCUGGUGAUUCCCUACAAGAAACUGGGAUUGCAGAUGCCCACUGUGGUGGGGCAAGGGCAGUGAAAAAUUACAGCUGUCAAGGAGAUGCACUGAGGCAUCACAAAAUGGUAUCCAGAAAACUAUACUACACUGAUGGGAAAGAUUAAAAUCCUAGCAAUCCCUUGAAUAACUUCCUGAUCAAAACUCAGCAAGGAGCAUUCAUGAACUGCUACAGAGAAAACACUGGUUUAUGAAGUUUGUUUUUUUGUUCUUCCUUCUUCCAAGAGUAAAGGUUUAGUUAUAUGUAUGUAAUAUACAGUUAGUCUUGAUUUAGACUUCCCUGUAAUACAAAUCUUCAUGAACUGGUUUGUCCUUUCUGACAAGGCACUUAUUACUCCUUUGGCUUCAUCAGGUAUUGUGGGGAAUCAGGCUUCCUUUCUAUAGCUAAAUUUAAGUUAGGUAUUCAGUAGUGUCUAGUAACAGAAUGUGAGCUGUAUUCUUAUCUGCUAAUAAACUUUGAUUCCUAACAUAUUAAUCAUAAGUAGCAACAUCUUUCAGCUGAGUUCCUGCCUGUUCAUGCUUUACAGAUGUAUCAGUUACUACAUGAGUGUAGUAACAAACUGGGCUGGAUAAUCCAAAUGCUGGAUUAUAUGCUAUGACUUUUAACAUGCCAACUAUGUAACCUUGAUUUUAAAUUUUCUAAGUAGCUUGUCAAAGGUGAUUGUUCAAUAAAGCAUUAUAAUUUUUAGUGAUAGUUAUAUUCAGUGCUUUGACAAAAUUCUACCUGUUACAAUAUACGUUCUAAAUUAAAAACCUGUUUGGAACAAAACAUGCUUUCAGCAUUUUAUUUCAGGUAUGUGAGUUCUCAGAAUCAGUUUCUAUACUGUGUCGGGUUUGUGUGUGGCAUGUUUUUGGCAGUAGGGGAGGGAGCUACAGCUGUGGCCCC